CUCCUUUUCCGGCGCAGCACCUCCUCGCUCCUCCCAAAUCCGACGCCGCAAGCCCCAGUUCUCCCUCUCGGUCCUUCCUCUUCCAUCCCUAAUCCACGAGUCGCUUGCUAAGCGCCGGCGGGAACGGCGCGCGCAGGCCAGCGCUGGGCGGCAGGCGACAGGCCCAGGCAGGCAGUGGCCAGGAGCCAGCCGGUAGCGGCGAGCGGCAGGACUCCAAACUGCAACGCAAUAGAAGAUAAACUGGAUCAAGGUAGGCAGUGAAAGUACUGAAACUGGGGUGGCUCAUGGAAAUUUCUGGGUGAUGGCAGCAAUGCAAUACACACAUCAGUUUCUAUGUCAGUUUUCAAGGUGAAUUGAGGCAGUAUUUGAAUUAAUCUUUUGGUAACUUGUGUCGACACACUGCUAGCACUACUUUAUGGUGAAAGUUAAUUUUAAGAGUGCAGGGCAUUGAACAGUUCGAGCCCAGUAAUUGUUAAUCAAUUUGGAUCAUAAAGUUAAGCAUGUCGCAUGAUGAUAGGAGUUGGAUGCGAAUGCAAAAGUUUACCUCUGAGUGGCAAAAAGGAUUCAAGGAAUUUAUAGAGAAUAGAUUUGGUGGCAUGUCUAAGGGAGAAACUGCACCUUAUCCAUGCAAAAAGUGUCGCUCGAUGUCAUACAAAACAGAAAGUGAAGUUAAAAAUCAUUUGGUUGUGAGAGGGUUUGAUGAAAGUUUUAUCCAAGGGGAAGGAACAGUAGAAGAUUCAGAUGAGGGCCACACUCAAAGAGAUGGGAAUGAAGGUGCAACAGGUGAUGGUGCUGGUGUGGGCAAUUUGAUUUCUACACUCAUAAGGGGUGCAAUACAUGGAGAGAUCAUAGGUACUGAGAACGAAGAACCAAAUGAAAGUGCUAAGAAAUUCUAUAAAUUAUUAACAGAAGCACAAAAGGAAUUAUAUCCAGGUUCCAAGGAGGUUAGUAAGGUAUCUUUCAUAGUGAGGCUCUUCUAGAUUAAGUGCAUGUUUGGUAUUAGUAACAACGCAUUAGAGGUCAUUAUUCAUUUGUUCUCAUUGGUUCUCCCUGAAGGCCACUGUGUGCCAGACACAUUGGACAAAGUGCAAAAGGUAGUUCGUGAUCUUGGUCUAGACUAUGGAAAGAUACAUGCAUGUAUCAAUGAUUGUGUUUUAUUUCGAAAGAAAUACUCUUCCCUGGAUUCGUGCCCAACAUGUGGUGAGUCGAGAUGGAAAAUGGAUGAUUCUGGUGAAAAGGAUGUGGGUGGUGAUACUGCAACCAAGAAGCAUUUUUCGCAGAAAAUCCUAAGGUAUUUCCCAGUUACACCUCGACUGCAAAGGUUAUACAUGAGAGAGACCAUAUCUGAAUUUAUGCGUUGGCAUAAGGAGGGCCUGGUCCAAGAUGGUAAAUGCGACACCCUGCCGACUCCAAGGCAUGGAAGCACGUGGAUAAAGAGUUUCCAGGGUUUGCAUUGGAUCCUCGCCAUGUUAGGAUGGGUCUUGCCUCUGAUGGAUUCAAUCCAUUUGGGCCAAAGUCACCGGGAAAUAACAUCGAUGUAUAUUUGCAGCCCCUAAUCGAUGAGUUAAAAGAUCUUUGGGAAAAUGGUGUUGAGACUUGGGAUGCAAAGGUAAAGAGGAAUUUCACUUUGCGUGCAAUUCUACUUUGGACAAUUAAUGACUUCCCAGCAUAUGGCAUGCUAUUAGGUUGGAGCACAAAAGGAAAGUUUGCUUGUCCAUACUGUAACAAGGAUACUGAAUAUUUAUGGUUGAAAUUUGGGUCAAAGCAUUGCUACAUGGGUCAUCGACGAUUUUUGCCUAUGGACCACAGGUGGCGACGCAACAAGGUUAGCUUCAACAACAAGGUGGAAACUAGGGACGCUCCGAUGCCACUAACGGGUGAAGAGGUGUUGAAACAGUAUGAAAGCUUUGAGCAAGUGUCAUUUGGGAACACAACAAGAAAAAGGAAGCGGCGUGAAGAAGAACGUAGAUGGCACAACUGGUGGAAGAAGAGUAUUUUUUUUGAAUUGCCGUACUGGGAAAAGUUGCUUGUAAGGCACAAUUUGGAUGUGAUGCACAUUGAAAAAAAUAUUUGUGAGAGCAUAUUGGGGACUUUGCUUAACAUUACAGGUAAAUCAAAGGAUAGCGAGAAGGCAAGGCUUGACAUGGAACAUUUGGGCAUGAGGAAGGAUCAACAUCCUUUGGUGAAGAAUGGCAAGUACACUUUGCCAUCAGCGUUAUACUCUUUGGAUGACGAUGACAAGACAUAUUUUUGUAGUUUUCUAGAAGGAGUUAAGAUGCCUGAUGGGUACGCCUCCAAUAUCAAGAGAUGUGUGGACGUGAAUACGAGUAAUCUUUCUGGACUCAAAACUCAUGACUAUCAUGUUAUAUUCCAAAAACUAUUGCCCAUAGCAGUACGUAGCAUAUUGCCACAAGAUGUUGUGAUCCCAUUGAUUGAGCUUAGUAGGUUCUUUAGUGCAAUAUGUUCAAAGGAGUUGAGUAUUGAUGAGUUAGAGAAAUUGAGCAUUUCAAUUAGAGAAACUCUUUGUCGUCUUGAGAUGAUCUUCCCACCAGCUUUUUUUGACAUCAUGGUGCAUUUGCCGGUUCAUCUUGCUGAAGAGGCUAAUCUAGGAGGACCUGUGUGCUAUAGAUGGAUGUAUCCAAUAGAGAGGUAUCUACGUACGCUUAAAGAAUAUGUCCGAAACAAAGCCCACCCUGAAGGUUCAAUAGCUGAGGGGUAUAUAUUAGAGGAGUGCAUGACAUUCUGCGCUCGCUUCUUGGAUGACGUUAAUACCAAGCUUAAUCGUGCAGAAAAGUGCCAUGGUGAAUGAACCACAUUCUGGUCUAAGCAUAUUUGGGAACAUUGAUUAUACUAAGAAAGGAUUCACAGCUGAACUAAUUUCUAGGCUAGAAAUGCAGCGAGUCAGACGCUAUAUAAUAACAAACACUGAUGAGGCCAUCCCAUGAGUCAAUGAGCAUAUGGAUGAACUCAAAAGAAUUAGUCUACGAAAUGUUGAGAAACAUCACAGGGACCAGUUUGUAGGGUGGUUCGAGCGUACAAUCAACAAACUUUAUGCUGAAGGAAGCACAAGUGAUGUCAUAUAUGCACUUUCUCAAGGUCCAGACCAUCGGGCACGUGUUUUCAAUAGGUGUGUAAUCAAUGGAUUUCUAUUUCGAACAUCUCAGAUAGAGAAGAAUCUAAAUACACAAAAUAGUGGUGUGGUUGUGAAAGGUGGUCAUGCUACUGGCAACAUCGAAUGGUAUGGCGUUAUUAAAAAAAUUUAUGCACUUGAUUUCGCUAUACAAAAGGAGGUCGUCUUAUUUCAUUGUGACUGGUAUGACGCACCUGCUGCCAGUAGGAGCAGAAGUAGAGGCUACAAAAAGGAUCAAUAUGGGAUUAUUGAUAUCGAUACAACUCGUUUGCAAUAUUUAGAUAAUCCUUAUAUUUUGGGGACACAAGCUGAGCUAGUCUGUUACGUGAAAAGCCCGAACAAACCCAAUUGGUGCACUGUGCUCAAAAUAAAUCCCAGAAAUUUGUUUGCCAUGCCCGAAUCAAGAGAUAUAGAAAUUGAUGUUGACUCACUAGACGUGGGAUUGGAAGACAUGAUUAAUUCACAAAGACAGGACGAGUUGGUUAGUUGGACAAGGUCCGACAUGGAAGGUGUUACUGGUGAUGCUUCUGUCAUUGAAAAGGCACUUGCAGAUUCUGUACCUGAGCCUAAUGAUAUUGGCUUAGCAUAUGAAGAAGAAGACGAUGACAAUGACACCUACAUUGAUGAUGGCUAUGUAGCACCUGUGAAUUCUACUGGUGAAGACGAUGUUUUUUUUGUAUAAUUUUGCAAUUGUUUAAUGAGUCGAUGAAUUUCACUUAUGUUCCCCUUUUAAAUUGAUUUAUGACUUUGAGUUGGACUUAUCAGUUUGUUAUCCGGAAGAAAUGCCAAAUAUUGAGAGGGAAAUUUUGUGUUUUUUUCUUCGGAACAUUGACAACUAUAUUCUUGUACACGAUCAUUUCACAUGCUCUCAAGUUCUGAGAGUUG